AUGGAUCAUCAGGACAAUCGGGGGUCCCUAGGACCCAAGAAGCGUUUUCCCCCGGCCAUCAUGGUUCUUCAGGGUUCCCCCGAUCAUUACUUUCGGUCGGUGCCACCUCAUUCCUCGGGUCCCCCAACAUCAUCAACUGUCAUCAUCGAUGAAGCUUCAUCUCCGGCCUCAAACCCAACGUCAUUUCCCAAGUUGACCCCAGAACCGCCUCCCCUGAUCGUCGCGAGAGCGAUGCCUGCUCAUCUCCACUGGCUGGAUUUGAACGUGAGAGAAAACAGAACACAGGUCGAUCCAUCUCGUGAUUCGUUCGAGAAAUUUACGCAAGGCUUUGAAAACUUACGUCGACUGUUUGGUUCCGGAACAAGCAUCACGGAGGUCAUCGUGUACACAUACCAAUCCACUGAGUCGAUCAGUCCCCAAGGUGGAUGUUUGAAGAUGAUCAGUGUUUGA